GAAUGAGCUUGGUUGUCGUUCAAGAAGAAAACUUCAAGGAAUUGUUGCGUUUGUUCAACACUAACAUUGAAGGUAGAAGAUCCGCACUCUAUGCCUUGACCUCUGUUAAGGGUAUUGGUAGACGUUUCGCUGGUAUUGUCUUGAAGAAGGCUGAAAUCGAACUUACCAAGAGAUCUGGUGAAUUGAGCGAAGAACAAAUCAACAAGAUUCAAGAUAUCAUUCUUGCUCCAGAAAAGUACAAGAUUCCAUCUUGGUUCUUGAACAGAAGAAGAGACUGGAAGAGUGGUGCCACUGAACACUUGGUUGCCAACGCUGUCGAUAUGUACUUGAGAGAAGAUUUGGAAAGACUUAAGAAGAUCAAGUCUGAAAGAGGUUUGAGACACAUGUGGGGUCUUAGAGUCAGAGGUCAACACACCAAGACUACUGGUAGAAGAGGUAAGACUGUUGGUGUCAGCCAUAAGAAACGUGGAUAGGUCCCCUAAUUUAAACACAAAUAAAAAAACAUUAUUUCAU